AACCAAAUAUGCAUCAGUUUCAAUGAUUUAUUUGUUCUAAAUCACAGAAAAUGUGCAGCUUCUACAUAUUACUGUGUAAUAUAAGAGCUUAUUUUGUUCAUUUAUUUGAUGAUGCAUUUACUUAUUUUAUGUCUGUUUUGCUUUAUUAUCGAUGAAGGUUUGUGCAGGAGAUUGAAACCCUUUAAAAAGUGCCUGAAUUUAAUGUUUGAUGGUUUAAAUAAGUGGUUUGUAAGCUUGGAUUAAAAGCUUGAAAUUCCCUUCUACAUUUCUUUGACAACGAAUAGUUCACUUACAGUCAGGUGACAAAGUUAAAAUAUAACAUUCAAUAAUAAUUUUGUGUAUUUACUGCAAGUAUUUGUUAAAGUGAUCUCCGGCUGUUAGUGGCUGGAUGAGCUUGAAAAGUGCUCGACUUUAGUGUUAAACUAAAUGGAGACGUUAUAAAUCCAUGACAGUGUCACUGCGCUAAGAAUAUCAUUCACUCUUUUAAUUACACAUGGUCAAGUCUCUCUAUUAAUUCAAGAAAUGCCCAUCUGUCCGUCUGUCAUUCCUUUUUCUUCUAAUAAUGAUUUCCAGGCUGCAUGCUGAGAGGCCCAAAGCUCUCUGUCACAGUUAAAAGUUCUUUUCCUCUCUUCUUCUUCUUUGUAAGUUCCGGCUCUUCACUCAAAGGUGCAAUGCUGCCCUCCACAGUCUGAAGAUCAGUUUUAAAUCACAAUGAGAGCAAGAUCACUCACUCAUCCUUAUUCUCUACACAUUCCCUAAUCCUUCUGGAUUCUUCCUAAUCUGCAGUUCUUCAGCUGGAGAAGUUCAAAGCCUCCCGUCACAGAUCAAAGUCUCAUCUCGUCAGUCUCAUCCUUCUUCUGACACACACACCCCCCAUCCACCGUCUCCCCAGACACCCCCACCUCUGCCAAAGUUUACAUCCCAUAUUGAUCUCUCCUAAAACAGUGUGAUCAGUGUGAAGAAGGAGGAGGAAAAGACAAAAAGGCAGAGUCACAACAUCUCUCUGUUAAUUCAAGUAAUGUCUGUCUGCCUGUUAAUGUCGUCACUGUCCAGCUGUUCACGUGACUGGUGACAGACUGGGAUUCCUGAAAUUCCCGUCCUGGUUCGAAGAGGCUGUCGCAUUAGAAUUCAGGCUAAAUCUCAACCAGACUUUUGAGGUCUUAAACACUUUCUCUAACUGAGAGAAUUCAUGUGCUGAUGGAGUUUCAACGGUUUGAGGUUUUUUUUAUUUAGGUCACAUACGCACAUCAUCAGUUAUAGUAACACAACAAACAAAUAAAUAGAUUCAAUAGAAUAAGGCUGAUUACUGCAGGAAUAAAUGACUGAAAAUAUCAAUGUCUACAGGAAUUAAUCCAUACUGACAGUGAGCUGGAAGAUUGUGGAUGAUGCUUCGCUGCAGGAAGUGUCGGAAAGGCGUCAUAGACUCAACGUGUUUGACCACACAGGAGCAGGCUACAGAUGAAGGCUCAGCUGCUGUUUGCAGUAUUUGGCACGUGAAUGUCGACGCGCUGCCACAGUGGAUACUGACGUCACUUCACCAGGCUCAGUGGACUGCGGGGAAACUGAACUGUCUCAACUGCGGAGCUCGUUUGGGCGGCUUCAACUUCGUCAAUCGCAGUAAAUGUCCCUGCGGCCGGGACACCAACGUUCACCUCAGCAAAAGCCGCGUGGACUCUGACCACAAGCACUACACUUUCAUCGUCCGGCCGAGGGACACGAGGCUCGAGACGAGUCGUGCUCUUCCUCCGACAGUUGACUCUGAGAACAACGAGGACAGUCUGUCAGUCGCCGGCCCCUCAGACGCCUCGGAUGGUAAAAACAUUCCAUCGUUUCCUCUCAGUCGCCUGCACUGUGUCUCUCACAGGAGAAGGUGCAGUGUGGAGGAUGACGCCACCUUCAGGUCUUCAUGUUUUUGUACUUCAGGUGUCAGGGAAAGGCGGGUUGUCGAUUUGACAACGGCAGACAGACAGACAGACGAUGAGUCUACACUGUUACCCGUCUCGCGUCCUUCAACUCAAGAGACUGACACUGAUGAUGUCUUUGCUGUAACUUCACUUGCUUCUGGAGGGCGGCAGCUGCAAACUGUGGAAGCAGUGGAAUCAUCUAUGGAGACCACGACUGUUCACCAGGAAGAUUCUGAUUCUACACUUUUCCUCAGAGGACGAACCGCUGAAGAUGAAGGAACAGAGCUUCGAGCCUCGUCUGCGUCGAGGAGCCUGAGCAGAAGAGAGAAGAACCGUCUGAAGUCUCAGCGGCGGAAACAGAGGAGAAGAGAGCGAUGGCUGCUCAGUCAGCAGCAGGCUGACGUUGACAAUGACGGUGAGGAGGAGGAGAAGGAGGAGGACCGAGAGAACCUCACCUGCACCGUGUGUCUGGACGUCUACUUCCGUCCACACAGCUGCGAACCCUGCGGCCACGUCUUCUGCGAGCUGUGUCUCCGCACGCUCGCCAAGAACCGACACACGAAGACCACUUGCCCUCUGUGUCGCACCCUCAUCUCACACACCGACCUCCACACAGAGUUGGACCAGGCUGCAAAGACCUCCUUCCCUAAAGUUUACCUUGCCUGCCAGCAGAACUUCACCAACACACUGUCUGCAAAAUGGCCUCUGCCCAGCGGUCGCAAACGCUUCUGGGUCGUCCGGAGGCCGGCGGUGACACAGAGGUCACACUGGCACUUGUUCCAUGGAAACUUCCGGUUCAGGUUUUCUCACUUUGCCACCGUGUGUUUGCUCUACGCGGCUCUGGUCGUCGUCUACUUCAUCUUCAGCGACUGGACCAUAACUCUGCUGCUCGUCUGCAUCCUCAUGUUCUGCGUCCUGGUUUGAUGAAUCCGGUCCGUGCUGGUUCACGUGACUUCUUCUUCUUCUUCUUCUUCCUUUAAUAUAAGUUAUUUUCAAAGGAUUUAUGUUUUAAAGGAAAAAGACAAUUAUUCCAAUAGUAUUCAUAUUGAAUUAACAGUUUAUUGUCUUAUAAGAAUAAACCAUAGAUUUAAGUGUACAGUUUGAAUGUGCACCUGUGUAUUAUUGUUAUUAUUGUUGUUAUUAUUAUUGUUAUUAUUAUUAUAAUAAUAAUAUUAAUAAUAAUAAUAAUAAUAAUGUCAACUAUUUAACUACGUGUGCAGUAAAACUCACUGUUUCCACCUUUUUAUUUAAAGACCGUGAAAAACACCACAAAGAAAAUCAGUGAACAAAACCAACAGAGCCAAAAGCUAUUUUAUUAAUUCAUAAAAACGUCCAAUUUUAUUUUCAAAGUGAUUGUGACAUGCUUCUGUAUAAUUUGAGAAUAAUCUGAAAAACAAAGUGGGAACAUUAUAAAUUAUAUAUCAUCAAAAACUAUGAUUUACAGUCGAAACAAUCAAGUUUUCACAAAUGUCAGCUGUUUAUUGGUACUCAUUUAUUUUGUUGUUGGUGUAAAUUUGUAUCACAAAAACACAAGAACAA